AUGGCUUCAAAUCAAGCGGAGGAACAGUUAACAAAUGAAAGCAAAAAAAUGAAGGCAUUGGAAUUUGAAAUACAAAUGUGAGUGUUUUUGAAGGCCUGCGCAAUACAGUUUUCUGAAUAUUUCUACUUACAGUUAGUAAUGAAAUUUGAAAUUUUCAUAAUUUCCUGUUCAAAAAAAUUUCGGGUUGGAAAACAACUCGAUUUUGAAUAAUUAAUUGAAUUUGUAGAGUUCUAGAAGUAGUAGCUCUUACGGUGCAAUUGGGUAGAGCACAACAAAAUGAAGAAAGAGUGCCUGAACCAACGCAAAUCGAAAAAAACCAGGCAUUCGAACUCGAAAUAAAAAUGUGAGUGUUUUCAAAAAAAAACCCUUGAUUUUGAAUAAUUAACCGUUUUAUUUAGUAACUGUUUUUGUAGGUAUGAAGAAAUAAAAGCUCUUUUAAAAAUACUGAGAAGAUCAGAGAAGCGAAGACAACAAUAUGAAGAAGAUUUUGGUGUGAUGUAUGAAGAAUGUGGAGAAUUCAUUGAGAAUGUGAUGAAUGAUUCUAAUGGUGGGUCAUUCAACAAUGUUGUUAGAUUGGUGUCUCGAUCAGCGCGAAUUCGAAAACAUCAAAAGAAGGGUUCGUUGAUCAAUGCGGUCGCAAAGAAAAACAACAAUGAGAAGGGGAUUGUAAGAAUAUCUAACUUUUUAAUACUCAAUUUCUUUUUGUUUUUUUGCCUAAUAUUUUUAGUUUUUUCAUUUGUCUUAAUUAAUUAUUUAUUUAUUAAAUGAAGAAAAUUUUGAGACCAAAAGCAAAAUGAUUUUCGCUGGCAAAACAUUGCUCAUUUCAAACUUUCAAUGUUUUUUUUUUUUGAGAAAAAUUGAAUUGUUUUGAAUAACCCAAGAGUUACGCUAAAUACAGAUUUACCAAAAAAUUCCGGAAUUCUUAAAUCAUAGAACAAUCAAAUAUUUUCCACAUUCCUGAAUAUAUACAUUCUUGUUCAGUUUUUCAUUAUUGUUUUCUUUUUCAAAACAUUCUUUUUGCAAAAAAGGUUAAUAUAAAACAAGUUUGAUAAGUUGAAAAAACAGAGAUUUUUGGUGUUGUUUUCCCAUUUUUGUCUAUCUAUCUAUCUAUUUUCAGAUUUUAUCCAAUCGGAUUUUCAAAAAAAAAACAAUUCAAACCUCAUCAAAACAUUGUCAUUUUCAACGACAAAUGUCCUCAAAAGAUUAUGCAAAUUCAAUAUGAGUUAGGCUAUAAAAAAGAAUGAAAUUUGGUUGUUUUUUGGAGUACUGUAGAUAGAUAGUCAUCUUGAUUUAGAUUCUUGUUUAUUUAUUUAUGCUAGGAAUUUUUCGCACAUAAUUAUUUUGCUAUUGAUUUUUGAGAUUUUAUUUUGAUUUUUUUUUUGGCUGCGUAUUUGACUGAGUAUCCACGUGGAAAAAUUUUGAAAAACUUAACUGCGUUCCUAAACUGAGUAUCUAAUGUAGAUGGAUUUUCUGAAAGACUUACGCUAAAUCUCCGAAAGGUGUAUUAUUGGAAUUAACUGAAUUUUUCAAUAAUCAAUACAGUAACUUGAAAAAAAAAGAAAAAUUCUGUGGAAAAAUACGUUUUAAAAUUUCUAUGAAGCAAAAUUGAAACAUUUUUGAAGUAAUUCGGCUUGAAAUAAUUUUGAGAACUAAAUUUCUAAAAUUUUAAAGAAUUAUAAUAUUAACUACAGUAAUCCAAAUUAUGAAUAAUUAACCACAUAAUAUUAAAAUUAUAAUAUUAACUACAUAAUAUUAACUACAGUAAUCUAUUCAAAAUUCAGUUCCACGUGGCAUAAUUUCGAUCCUGCUCUCAAAUGACAUUAGAUACUCAGUCAAGUACGCAGCCAAAUUUAAAUGUUUUUAAAAAUGUCCUCAAAAUUUAUGCAAAGUUAGUGUACUCACCGGUACAGAUUUCCAUAAAUUUGCAGAUUUUUUCCCAAAAACUUUCAUAAAUUUGUGCAUUGAUCAAUUUUUUCUGUUGGAAUUUUAAAAAUUUUGAGAAAAAAAUAUUUUCAGAUGUUGAUUGGACUCGCUGCUUGUGCUAUAACUUCAGUGGCUUUCGGCUCAGUUUUUGUGCCAAUCAAGAAAUUUCCACCAAGUGAUGGUGAGGUUUUAUUUUUUAUGAAUCUGUAUUUGUAUCUCCACGUGGAUUUCUUCAGGCUUCAUGUCUCAAUUUUUCAUGUGCACCGCCGGUUUUCUCGUCAGUUUCGCCAUUCACGCCCUCCAGAAUUUCCCGCCAAUUUUUCCGCUCGCAAUGAUUGGCGGAUCGAUUUGGUGCAUCGGCAACUCGUGCGCUUUUAUGAUAAUGAAUAAACUCGGAAUGGCGUUGGGUAUUUUGAUUUGGAAUUCGGUGUCGUGUUUGACUGGUUGGGCCACCGCCAGAUAUGGAUUGUUUGGAGUGGCGAAGAGUGUGCCCAAUUCGGAGAUUAUGAAUUAUGUUGGAGUUGUGAUAUUGGUUAUUGGGUGGGUUGGAAAAAUUGAAAAAAAAACAAAAUUUGACUGCGUACCUAAACUGACAAUGAGUAUCUAAUGUCGUUGCUAAAAAUAGUAUGAUUUUCGCCUCAACAUUGUUCAUAUUAGACUUUGAAGAAGAAUAUUGAAAAUUAUGUUGAAUUUCAAAUUUCCAAAUCUGGCUCCGGAAAUAAAAAAUUUCAAAUCUAGAUUUUUCGUGCUAAAAUUUCAGCGAAAAAUUUCCACGUGGAAAAAUUUCAGGAAACCUAUUCAACUGCGUAUCUUAACUGAAAAUGUCGUUGAGAAAAUUGCGCCAAAAAUAGUCCGAUGGCGCUCAAAUUACAUUAGAUACUCAGUCAAGUACGCAGGCAAAUUGAGAUUGGAAAAGCAAAAAUCCAAAAUUUCAGGAAACCUAUUUAACUGCGUACUUAAACUGAGUAUCUAAUGUCGUUAAAUAACAAAAAUUGACACGUGUCAAAACAUUGCUCACUUUAAACUUUCAGAUUUUCAAAACAAGGACACUGACAUUUUUUGAGUAAUCCAAGAAAUUUCUAAAUAUCAGAAAAUUCCGUUAAAAAAAUCUUACCCUAAUUUUUUCACGUUUUUUUUUCUCUCAAAAAAAAUCCUGACCUUCAAUCAUUUCCAAUUUUUGCAGUUCUCUAUUCUACCUCUUCAUCAAAUCCACCCUCCACCACCAUCACGAAAAAUCGACGGAUUCUGAAAUCGCUGAAAAAGUCAGCGUAUCUUCUUCAUCUGCAACAGAAAAUUCCGAAGAAAUCCAUCUUGAAAUAACACAUGAAGUGCCGAUUUUACACAGGAUUAUGUGA